UUUUCACAUGUAUAGUUUGUGUUUUAUUCCAAUAUAUUUACACUUAUUUUAAUUCGAUGUUAGAGGGUUACACGACCUAUUAAUGACAAUCUAAUUUAAUAUGGACGAAAAUGAUGGAACCAAAACUUUCUUCAGUGUCUUAAGCGCAUUCUCAAGUAAUCUUUUCAAUCGAUUGUUUACCUUCAAUCCCGGUAAGAAUCUCAUAUGCGCACCCCUCGCCAUACAUACCUGCCUGGGAAUGUUGCGAUUGGGCGCUGAGGACGAGACUACGACUGCCCAGGAGUUAGACAAUAGAGUUGGGUUUACCUCUAUACAUGGGACGGAGAUAGCCGAGGAUUUUCAUAAUACUUUGAGCUCUUAUCAGGAGUCCAGCGUGCUGCACAUGGCCUACAAAAUAUACCUAAUGCACAACUAUGAGAUACGUCAGGAGUUUCACAAUAUGCUGACUGAGAACUUCCAUUCGGAGCCCGAGCUUAUUAACUUUUCUGAGAAUAUAGAUGCUGCAAACACCAUAAACGAGUGGGUUGACACCAAGAUGAAUCAUCUAAUCAAGGAUGAGGUCAGUCCGGAGAUCCUUGACGAUAGCACCCGCAUGGUUCUCAUCAGUGCGGCCCACUUCAAGGCCGAGUGGAGUAAACGAUUCGAGCCGAAGGCAACACGCAGAGAAUUCUUCCACAUGGAUGACUGGAACAAAGUCAAAGUGCACAUGAUGAAUGUUUUUCAUGAAUACUACUACGCCGAAUUGAAGGACCUCGAUGCGAAAGUUCUGCGUUUAACAUUUAGAAAUACAGAACUACAAAUGCUUAUAAUUUUGCCCAACCGGAAAAUGGGUCUGGAGAAUCUAUUGAAAAUAUUAUCUAGAAAAUCUCUGCAGAAUAUUAUUGCAAUGCUUGCCCUAAGGCGAGUCAAUAUAAAGUUGCCAAAAUUUUCAACGGAAUUCGAACAGGAACUGACGCCCCUUUUCAUAGAGUUAGGAGUGAAAAGGGUUUUCAUUGACAAAGCCGAACUCGGCAAAAUGUUGGAAACGAAUCAAGUGCUAAAAGUCUCUAAAAUUCUCCACAAAGCAUACAUCGAGUUCAACGAAGAAGGCAACGAGGUAGAGCCCUUGGGCGAACCGGUUGUGCCUAUUGUCAGGGGCAAACCACGAAAUCCGCUCCCGCCCGUCAAUUUUUUUGCGGAUCAUCCCUUCUAUUAUGCCAUCUAUGAUGAAAGCCAUGGUCCACUCAUUGCAGGUGGCUUCCAAGUACCAACGCCUGCCGGUUGUAUUGAUAAUCCAAAGAAGCCCUGCUCUUGCGAGAGAUGAGACAAUAAAUUCUAUAGGGAACUAUACCGAACAUAUAUCAUAUCAGUUAAUGAUUAUUAUAGGUAGUGUAUAGGCGUGUAACCCCAUUAAUAAAGAUCUAAAUUUGUUAAAAUUUAGUGUGAAAUAAACGC